ACAGCUUGUUGAAGUACUUACAUAUAAGUCACAAGUGGAUUACAUCCAUUUUAAAAGGUAAAAACACGUAAUAUACACACAGCGUAGUACGCCAGUUAGCGUGAAUUGGUAUUAUAUAUAGAUCUAGCCAGAUCUGUAUUAACGUAUAUAAAAAACUAAUCAGAUGUAACUUCCAAGAUUGUUUAUCGGAAUAAGAUAAAGCGUUGGAUUAUUACACGUUUAAUUUUCGGUGUUGGAUACAUUAAAAGAAAUCAAAGGAUUAAAAGAUAAAAAGUAAUAGUUUAAAAACAAUGGAGCAUACGAUUCCAUCUGACAUUCUCGACGAUCUUAGCAGUCGAUUUAUCAUCAAUGUGCCUGAAGAAGAGAGGAAAGACUUGGUGCGAAUUUGCUUUCAAAUCGAAUUAGCGCACUGGUUUUAUCUUGACUUUUACUGCACAGAAGAAAAUCCCAAGCUGAAGUCGUGCAACUUCAAGGAAUUCGCCACUCAUAUAUUUCAGCAUAUACCUUUCUUGAAACCACAUGUGCAGUACAUUGAUGCUGUGCUUGACCAAUGGAGAGAGUACAAGCAGAAUGUGCCGACAUUUGGGGCAAUUGUGCUGAAUGAAGAUAUGACAAAGGUGCUACUGGUUCAGAGCUACUGGGCAAAGCACAGCUGGAGUUUUCCUAAAGGGAAAGUGAAUGAAGACGAGGAACCUUAUCUUUGUGCGAUUCGUGAAGUGUUAGAAGAGACUGGGUUUGAUAUAUCUAAUUUGAUAGACAAAAAUGAGUAUAUUGAGUCUGUAAUAAACGAUCAAGUGGUGAGACUGUACAUUAUUUCGGGUGUGCAAAAAGACACUAAGUUUCAACCCAAAACACGCAAGGAAAUCAAGAAUGUGGAGUGGUUUACUAUAGCGGAUUUGCCUAACACCAAGAAGGAUAUGACCUCUAAACAGAAAAUCGGUGUUGGACCAAAUGCAUUCUUUAUGGUGGUGCCUUUUGUCAGGCGAAUGAAGCGAUGGAUUCAGGAGACACAACAACGUGAAAAAUGUGGAGUCUCAACUACCCGCAGACAGAGGCACAGAUCGUUAGGGGAUGCUGAGUCAGUGGCAAAGAGUAAACGACAACAGCAGCCGCUCUUCCACAAUUUUUCCACUUGUCCACCGCAGGUAAAAAACGAAGUUCCGGAUUUUAGAGUUAGUCGUCAAGCCAACACCUCUCCCCGCGGUCGUCGUGACAAUAAAAAAGACACUCCCUCAAAAAUACCUUCUAAGCGAAAUCUAUUUGGCGAACGCGAAUUGUCAACAAUGUCCCCGUCUCUCGCCAAACAUAUGCUGGAUAAUUCCGCUCAAUCAUGCACACUUCUAAUUGAUCCUGCAAUUCAGUCGAUUAAAUGCAACGAUUUCAGUUAUAAAGCGCAAUCUACAGAAAAAGAAGAUUCUCAAAGAAGUUUGCCAAGUGGGAACAUUAAAGCGCUCUUGUUUGACGAAGCCGCGCGUAAACUACAAGAGAAUUUUAAAACGAUUCCGCCGUCAUUUGUAAAUGCGGACGAUAGUCGGCAAAUUUUAACGAAGAACAACGCAAUAGGACAACAUUCUCUUACGUUUGAAUUUCGAUCAAAAACAUGGGACAAUUUUAAAUUCGACAGGCAGGCUAUAAUGAAGGUUGCAGACCAGUACGCGUAUAACAUGACGUAGAAACAGGUUGCAAAACU